CUUGAGGAAAGCGAGAACGUUGCUUAAAUGAUCAAUCAGAUUUCGAAGCUUCGAACAUCUCGUUGAAGUUUAACUCUGUAUUUGUGAACGAUUAGUGGUGUUGUAGAGUGUUGAAAAACCUUAUCAGCUUUGUCGAUUUCGUUGGAGGGGUUUUCAUUAUCUUCUCCUGUUUAUAAACACAGAAUUGCCAGAGGAACUAUGUCUGACGAACAAUUCUCCUUGGUAUGGACCAGUUUUCCAAGAAACCUGUCUUCGGGCUUGUACACUUUGUUGACAGACGAACAUUUCGUGGAUGUCACAUUGGCUGUUGAAGGUCACAUUCUACGAGCCCAUAAACUAAUAUUGUCAGUCUGCAGUACAUAUUUUCGAGAGCUUUUUAAGGGAAACUCGUGCAAACAUCCUAUUGUCAUACUGAAAGAUGUCAAUUACCGAGAUUUGUCAGCUAUACUGCAUUUCAUGUAUCAAGGAGAGGUCAAUAUUAAGCAAGAGGAUAUCGCCAGUUUUCUAAAAGUUGCUGAAGUUCUACAAAUAAAAGGACUGACCGCAGAUUCAAAUGAGAGAUUUAAAGAGUCUCUUACAAAAAAUGAAGAGGAUUUUGAAGAUCGUGGUUUCUAUGAAGUGGAAAAGGACAAAUGCGAACAUGGUGGUACAGAUGAAAAUGCUUCCACAUUUGGUAGGCUAACACACAUCGUGAAGGAGCAGUCUACAACGAGGCAAAGUACUUCAACAGAAGACAUCUCGACAAGAGAACCGGUUACUGUACAAACGUCAACUGUCACUGAUUCUUGUCAUUGGCAAAGUUGUACGGAAGCUGACUGCAGUGUCCCAGAUGGCCCAGAUGUACAGACAGCGUUCAGCGAGAGAAGCAGAAGUACAGAUAUGACAUGCCACAUGGAAGAACAGCCGUUGGAUUGUACAUCCGACGUGAGUCAGCCACAGUCAGCCAAGCAUGAACCGCUCGAUUAUACAAUGGACACGGACACGGAUUCGGGAUACAGAUAUGCAGCAGAAAAUACACUCCAUGCUGGCAACGAGAACGCUCCGAAACAAGAUUUCGCGCCAGAUACGCAGUUAGUUCCCUACAAUCAGAAUUCACAAACUCAGCCAUUCGGUUUAAACGACACAACGAUUUAUUCAAGUAACUCGACAUGUGAAAUGGCGAAUUCUAACACGAAUUCUAAGGGACGACGUACAAUCAGAGGUAUUUCCGGCAGCAACUUGCCAUUAGAGACAACGAUGCGUGUCAUUUCAGAGUUGACUCCAACGCUGCAUAUGGAACAUGGCAAGGUAAUACGCACGUAUGCGUGUCCGUGGUGCAUGCGGCAGUUCACACGCAAGGAGAACCUCAAGCUACACGUCCGUUAUAUUCACGGCCCGCUUGAAGCUCUCACGUGUAAGGUUUGUGGCAAUAAAUAUAAGAACCGUAACAGUCUGCGUGUACACUCCUACCUUUAUCACAAUGCCAAGCGAUACAAGAGCAGCAAACCGCUGGUGACUGGCGAUGAUGGUGUCAGCAUCGAUGGAGAUGGCGAUGGUGACGGCGUGUGAAGGGAUAAUUCUCUUGAGAAGAUUCCUUUUUUUUCUUUUUUCUUUUCGAUGUGCCAGAGCAACGAGGAUUAAUAAGUGUUAACAAGAGAAGGACGAAGAGCGAUAAGUCACGACUGAAAUUUGUUAUAUGCAUACCUGCGCACCAUGCCACAACUCGCACAAAUUAGACACAUAACAAGUACCGAUUAUUUCUAUACGAUGCUAAAUAAGCGAGAAGUUUAUAGAAAUAA